CCUGGAAUGCCUGGCCCAAACUACAAUCAAAGCUCAAGAUCAAGAAGAUCGCAUUGAAGAACGAACAUAACCAUUCCUAUUUUGUGCAACACUGAACAGGUGUUCCUCCCACCACAAGUCCCACUCCAGGCCGGUUUCUCCAGGACCCUGCUACUAGUGGAUAUUAUUCCUGGUUUCUGGCAGCCAACAGUUGUAUCUAUCUGCUGUAGUACUGGAUCGUGUCUUUGUGUUGGCGUGUCUUAUUUACAACGAAAAUGGACGACGCCGAGUUUACUUAUACUUGUGAGCAAUCCAAUGACCUAUCUUCAGCAAACAAUCUAAUUGAACGAUUGACUGUGCAAGUCAAGCAAAUGAAGGAGUACUUGCCAAAGAUUAUGAGUCCGGAAGUUGUUUCGGGAUAUGCCAAAGGUCUCGACUUGGAUGAAGAAUGCAACGCUAUGAAGGUAGCUAUAUCAAAUCAGCAGAAGCAGGAAUCACUGCUACAUAGAAAGUGUGAUUCACUUAUGGCCGCCGCAGAGCAGGACAAAAAGGAGUGUAUCCAGCUAAAGCAAGAAGUAGCUUCCAUGAACGAGCUACUGGCUGAGCAAGCCAGCUUCUGCUCGACGGUUGGGGCAACGACGUGCAAUCUACUGUGGAAGAUGUCCCAUUGCACUGGUGCAGUGGACUCUAUUCUCACCGGUAAUAUGCUUGUCAGCUUUCUCCAAUUGGCCAGUAGCUCUAUGGAGGGAUUCCUGGAGACGUGUGAUAACUUGGUAACGGAGGACUCGGCAGAAGUGAAUUUUAUCCUAUCAAUAUGCGGCGUCUUGACAAAUAUCUUUGCAACACCUAGUGGCCGAGACUACUUAGUGACAAGUGGCUACGGGACUGCGCUAGUGGACCAGUACAUCACUGUGCUCAAGAAGGCAGUGAAGGGCGAGAGACUGAGGAACAUUGUUUUGAUGGCCAUCUACAACAUCAGUAUCAGUCAGCCGGGCUUGGAAAUGAUCCUCUCCAGGCCUGGCUUGGUACCAGCUCUGGCACACAUCCUUACCAGCACAAGCAUGAGUGGAAAUCACUUGCAAGCAUUGAAAUUACUGCAGUCCAUAUCCGCUGAAUGUCAGAUGAGCUACAAUGCACGUGAAGCCAUGGACCAGGUGUCCGAGAAGCUAAUCAGAAAAUUUGCCAAGGAUUCAAAUAUGGAGGUCAGAACCGUAGUGCGAGACAUCCUGGCCGAUCUGCAGCACUGGCAGCAGCGCGAGCCAUGAUAAGCCUUGGCCUUGUCAGUACAUCACAGAGUCAUUACACGCCACGCCGGUGAUCGCUGCCUUGCCUACAGAGCAAUGCGGAGCACCUGUUUGUCACCAGGCCCUAGCAAAAUCUAAUUUUCCUGAAUAGUGUUAAGCCAUUGCAAUGAUUGUCAUGGUACCUUCAUCCAAGCUUUUAAUUCCCAUACAUCCAGGAAGAUUAUUUAGGACUGACUGUUGAGUACCACCAAUAUAUAUUUUUUGCAUUGCCUUACAUCUUCUUUCCUUAGUACAUUAUGUAAGACAUGGGGGAAGUCCCAUUGGCUGACACUUUGAGGUGAGUGGCGCCAUUAUUAAAUUUUGAUCUUCAAGAAACCUGCACCGAUUGUACAUAGUCUUUAGCGCUGCCAGAAAGGUUAAGUAACGUGCCUAGCUAGGGCAGACCUUAAAGAAAUCCUAACCUUAUCUUGGUACUAUUCUAGAACACAAAUUCCGAAGUAGCUUUCCCUUUACAAUAAAAUUAUGAUAUUAUCACAUUGA